CCUCGUUCGAGUGUACAGUUAGGCGAGAAGUUAGUUGACUAUCAUCCAGACUUUCGGCUUUAUCUGGCGACUAGACAGAGCUGGGGCGCUGGAUUCAACGAGAUGAAGCUGGCUUCUGCAGCCUCACUCGUCACUGUGAUUAACUUCGCUACCACAAGAGCUGGGCUGAUCGGUCAGCUGCUGGCCGCAAGUCUGCGCCAUGAAAGGCCAGAUCUGGAAUCGCGGAGAAUAAAACUUUUGCAGGAACAAGAAACCCUGCAGUUGGAAUUAUCGGGCUUGGAGGACAAACUGCUCGAGGUGCGUAAGGGUGUGUAG